AUGUCAGAUGAUGAGAUUAAGCAGUUGUGCUUAAUGGAUAUAGACAAGAUCUUACAUUCCUAUGGUAAGACCUUGAAAGACUAUCCUCCUAUGCCUUUAGCAACUGAAGUUGAUAAUUCUUUGUUAACCGAAAGGGUUAUAAGGGAAGAGCUAAACUUUAACAGGGAUGAUUUAAAGAAAAAUGCCUCAGACAUGUUAGCCAUCACAACACCUGAGCAGAGAUAUGCAUUCGAUAAAAUUGUUACAGCUGUGUAUUGUGAUGAAGGGGGUUUUUUCUUUGUGUAUGGUCAUGGAGGUACUGGAAAAACAUUUCUCUGGAACCUUAUGUCUGCUGAGAUUCGCUCAAGGGGGAAUAUAGAGAGUCAACUAGAUCUCUAUGGUCCUGAAUUACUGAAUAGCAUAAAUUGCUCUGGUUUGCCUCCACAUAAAUUAAUACUCAAGGUUGGUGUUCCGGUGAUGUUACUGAGGAAUAUUGACCAAUCCAGUGGUCUUUGUAAUGGUACAAGGCUACAAGUUAGGAAGCUUGGAAAUCAUGUCAUAGAAUGCGAAGUCUUAACGGGUAAUAAUGUUGGUCAUAUUGCUUUGAUUCCAAGAAUGAAUAUGGUACCAACAAAUGAAACUGUCCCAGUUAGAUUCCAACGAAGACAGUUUCCCAUAAUAGUAUCGUUUGCCAUGACAAUUAAUAAGUCUCAGGGACAAACUUUAUCUCAUGUUGGAUUGUACUUGCCCGGACCAGUUUUUACACAUGGCCAACUAUAUGUGGCACUUUCAAGAGUUAAGAGUAAGAGAGGUUUAAAAGUUUUACUUAUGAAUCACGUAGGAAUGUCUGCAAAUUCAACUAUCAAUGUUGUUUAUAGAGAAGUCUUUGAAAAAAUAGUAUUCUAA